GCGAAUCAAACUCCCGGAGGCGGGGUCCACAAAAAUGUUGGUAGACCGCGGCGAAGCAAGAGCGCGACAGGAAUCGCAUACGACCCAACACACCACCGCCACCACCACCCCAGAAUGGUGCUCUCAAACAAACUCGACCGCACUCUGCGCGCGGCCCAAGACAGCUCAGAUGCCGAGAGCUACUAUGAGGUCACUGACCGCUCAUCCUCUGCGUCGGUUAUUGAAGCAGAUGAGGGUGGUAACGUAAUCAGCUCAGACGACGAGCAGCCAAGCGGUUCCGAAGACGACGACAUGCAGUCAGAUGCCUCGGACGACGACCAAGUAAAAGCGCAAAUGAGCAAAGUCUCGUUUGGAGCACUAGCCAAAGCACAAGACGCCCUCUCCAAACAACAACCGGCGGAUCGAAAGCGAAAACGAGGCGACGACGCAUCAAAAUCACAGGAGGACAAGCUCGAGGCAUUGCGCGAGAGGUUACGGCAGAUCAAGGCCGAAAAGCUUGCGGCCGGCGCACAACCCAGCAAGAAAGCGAAGACGGCCAAGAGCAAGAGCAAAGGUCAAGACAAACAGAAACCUCAAAAAGCCAGCGACAAUGAAGACUCCGACUCCGAUGCAGCUCCACAUGCGCGCUCGAGCAAACACGCACCUGCCGUUCAGUCAAGCAAGCGCAUGGUCUCACGUAAGCGAAAUGUGGUUGAAGUGAAGAAGCCUGUGUUCCGUGACCCACGAUUCGAUAAUGCUUCAGGGCCUCCGCCCGACGAGUUCGUGACAGGAAAGCGUUACUCUUUCCUCAACGACUACCGCGCAUCUGAGAUAUCAGAACUACGUCAAACUAUCAAGAAGACGAAGAACGAGGACGAAAAGGAGCGGUUGAAGAAGAAGUUACUUUCUAUGGAGUCGCAGCAGAAGGCGCGCGAGAACAAGGAGAAGCUACAAGAAGUGGCGCGCGAGCACAAGAAGAAGGAGAAGGAGCUUGUCAAGGAGGGCAAGCAGCCUUUCUUCCUCAAGAAGUCAGAGCAGAAGAAGAUUGCCCUAGUCAACCGCUUCGAGAAUAUGAAGUCGAAGCAGCGCGACAAGGUCAUCGAACGCCGUCGCAAGAAGGUCACGGCCAAGGAGCGCAGGAACAUGCCCGACGAGCGCCGCACUGCCCAAUAGUACACCCACGCAAACUGCUAACGUUUGUAACCAUAGUCGUUCUCAAUUAAGGAUACCCAUUCAACAUUUUCGACAAACUCGAUGGGCGUCGUCUUUAUAUCUACUUCUGUGAUUUCCCCUAGACGAUGCUCUUUGACUGUGCUCCGAGCAAUUGAUGCAUACAAUCUAAUUAUCGUAAGUUGAGGCGUCGACUAUCGCCUUGUCCGUAGUCAAGCACGGACAGGGGGGUGCAAGUCUAGAUCGAGCUUUCUCCAGAUCUGCACUAGCCAGGAACACAUCACGCUUCUCACCAAACUAUUUCCGCGUGACGCAUUGUCCAUUCGAUACGCUACAAAGCGCCGCACCUAUCCUUUACAGAUCUGCUAAGUUGUCUUGGGUU